AUGACUUUGUCUCAGGAGCUUGCAUCGUGGUAUUCUCCCUCGUAUAUGCAAACCUCUCAUCCACCGCAAAUUGGCGGUAAAGCACCAUCUUCUCCGCGUUUGGCAUUUCCCGCUGAUAAUGGAAACCCAACCUUAUUGGCAUUCCUCCGACAUUGCGGGUGUCCAGUCGCUGAAGUAGCGCUCCUUGAAAUGCGCACCGCGGCUGCCCAGCACCCCGAUAUCAACUUUGUCGCUAUAUCUCAUAGUGAUCAGCAGUCAACUGAGAAGUGGCUGAGUGCCGUUGGUGGUGCCGGUUCUGUCACUAUUAUCGUUGAUGCCGACCGUGAAAUUUAUGCAAAGUGGGGGCUGGGAGUUGUUCCCUGGGGCCAUGUACUCAGUCCAUCGGGGAUGUUGGCAGUCUUUAAGAUGGGACAGGAGAAGGGUAUCUGGAAUCGGCCAACAGAGAGUGGUAGCAGAUGGCAGUCCAGUGGGUAUUGGGCUGUCGAUGAGAGAGGUUUUGUACGAUGGGGCGGCCCUGCAGCGACAGUGGAUGAGGUGGUUGAUACCGCAAAGGCCAUUGAGGUUUUGCGAGAAUCGCGCCAGGAUUGA